AUGUGCGGCCCGGCGAAAUGCCAAUGCAACGCCGGCUUCAAGCGGAACACUGACGGUGCCUGUCUGCUGGCCGCCGAUUGCCCUGCCGGCACUAAUGGAUUGACUUGCGGCAAGAACGAGCAGGUCGACCAAUGCGGAGCCGCUUGUGAGCCGCAAUGCGGCCAAACCGAGCCCAUGAUGUGCCCGGCCAUUUGCUUGCCACCAGCCUGCCGCUGUAAGGCCGGAUUCUUCCGUAGCGCCGAUGGGAGCUGCGUGGCCCAGGCUGGCUGCCCGGCCAAUGCGACGACCAAGUGCUUGGCAAAAUGCAGCGCCGGCCAGAAAUGCGUCCUGCAAGAGGUCCAAUGCGUUCGAGCUCCAUGCAACCCAGUGCCAACCUGCGUGCCGGACGACGGAGCCACGGGAUGCGCGGCCGUCUCGUGCAUGGUUGGUCAAAACUGUGUGGUUGGGGCGGAUGGGACGGGGCGAUGCGUGCAACAGCCAACCGACCGAACCUGUGGCCGCAACGAGUUCUUCAACACGUGCACCGGCUGUGAGGCCACCUGCGAGAAUCGGCAGCCAAUUUGCAACAAGAUGUGUGUUCAGCCGGGGAUGUGCCGUUGCAGCCAAGGGUUCUUCCGCGGAAAUGACGGCUUUUGUAUCACGGCGGAACAGUGCGAUUUGCAAGGCGCUUCCUCAGCCCCUACUCUCAGCUGCGCCACUGUUCUCUGCCACCCUGACUCGCCGAGAUGCGUCGAAACGCCCAGCGGACCGCAAUGCGUAGCACCCAACGAUACUUCGGCCACUUCUGCUACUCCCGCCAACCAGCAAUGCGGCAAAAACGAGUUCUUCAACGGCUGUGGCGGAUGCGAGGAUAAGUGCGGACAAACUGGGCCUGUUGCCUGCCCGAUGAUUUGCCGUCUUGAAGGGGCUUGCCGUUGCCAAUCCGGCUUCUUCCGCGACCCGAACACUAAUGAAUGCGUCACCAAGGACCAAUGCUCCGUCUCAAAAUGCCGUGCACCUUGUCGCAAGGGGUAUAAAUGCAAGAAUACAAGCUAUGGACCGCAAUGUGUUCCUGGAAAAAGGGAAUCCGACGUCCCACAGGCCAGCUGUGAACUGGUGAAUUGCCGUUCCGGAAUGGAGUGCGUCAUGGCCCAGCAAAUCUGCCCGGCCGGCCAGAAAUGCCUGCAAACGCCUACGUGCAUACCGCAAAAUAUUUCAUCCUGCAAAAAUGUCAAAUGCACCGCCGGCCACCACUGUGCCAUGAUCCAGGUUCAAUGCUUCGCCCCGCCCUGCUACCCGGUACCGCAAUGCGUUUCGGAUGUAGCUGAGGCGACGGAUGCCCCGCCCUCCGGAAUUACAUGUGCUAACGUUCGAUGCGCAGGCCCGUGCGUUGACACUCCCACCGGACCGCAAUGCCAGAGCGAGCAGCCACCACUCGGCCCAUGCGCCACCAUGAGGUGCCGUGCCGGCUUCAAAUGCAUUGAGGAGACGGUGGCCUGUAUCAUGGCCCCGUGCCCUGGCCAAGGGACCCACGGCCGUUGCGUUGCCGUAGAAAAUACUGAGCCACAAAUCACGUGCGCGAGCACCGAUUGCGCUCCGGGAUACACCUGCCAUAUGGCUGAGGUGACAUGCGUGAUGGCCCCAUGCGCACCGCAGCCGCAGUGCGUCCCUGUCAAUUCUACCAAUAUCUGCGACUUCACCGAGGUGUACACGGAGUGCGCCCCGAACUGCGAGGAGACCUGCCAUGGCGUGCAGACUUGCAAAUCUGAGGCAGCGAUCGACAUGUGCCAACCAGGGUGCCGAUGUGCCGACAAACAUCGAAGGAAUGAGAACGGGAAAUGCAUUCGGAACAAAAUGUGCUACAAAAGCCCUGGAUGCCAAGAAAAUGAGGAGUGGAAUAAGUGCUUCGCCUGCGACAAGAAAUGCGGCCAGGAGGUGGACGCGGGCUGCUCCUCGGAUUGCCGCUCGGGCUGCACGUGCGUGAGUGGAUUUGCACGUAACGACAAUGGGACCUGCAUUCCGGAAACAUGCAGCCACGAGGGCGUGGGCAAGACGCAGAUGUCGAUUGAAGGCGGUCCACCGGCCGCGACGCCCCGGAAGCAGCGCAGCAACACCCAAGGCACCGGCCGCGGCCCGCCACAACGCCGCGCACCCUCCAACACACAGAAUAAUAAGAAAGCCCCCCAGAAGCAGAACACAUUCGACGGCACGCAGGAGCCCGACCAGGAGCACAAGGAGAAGGAGAAGGAGAAGGAGCGAGAGAAGGAGAAGGAACGAGAGAAGGAGAAGGAAAAGGAGAAGGAAAAGGAGAAAGAAAAAGAAAAAGAAAAAGAAAAGGAGAAGGAGAAGGAAAAGGAAAAGGAGAAAGAAAAAGAAAAGGAAAAGGAAAAGGAAAAGGAGAAAGAAAAAGAAAAAGAAAAGGAAGACAAGAAAGAAGAAACCGAAAAGGACAACGAAAAAGAGCCGAAGGGCAAACGGCCCACCGAGGGAGGAGGCCAAGAAAAAGGACAAGGAGGAAUUGCUAAUUUCUUCAAUUACAGUGAAUCCAACUAUACGGUAAAACUAUCGGCUUUUCAGGAGGUGAUGGUGACGCAGGACAAGGAUGAGAGCCAAAAACCCCCGAAGACCCCGACGGAAGAAGAGAAAAAGGCCAAACCCGAGGAGCCGUCCGAUGAGAAGAAAGCGCGAAAAGAGGAGAAAGACGAGAAAAAGAAGGAGAAGAAGGCCAAGGAGACGAAAGAGACGAUGGAUGACGAA